GAUCCACGAAGAAGAAAAUACGGGACGCUCGUGAUCUUCAUCCACCAAUCAAAACAGUCGAAAUGAACAUCGCCAAAAUUUGAAAACACCCUUUAGCUCGGUGGCUUUAAGGUGGUGGUGACACACUGGUUCAAGCUAACGCCAUUUACGUUUGGUUUUAACGCUAAAUACAAUGGAACUAUUCAAAGAAGAAGAUAUUAAAAUGUAUUUUUAUGAGAAUAGACUGAAAACGUUCGAGGGGUGGCCCUUCGACGAAGGCUGUUCUUGCACCCCGGAAAACAUGGCCAAAGCUGGCUUCAUUCACACUCCCUCAGACAACUGCCCAGACAUCGCCAUGUGUUUCUUCUGCCUCAAAGAGCUGGAGGGCUGGGAGCCACAGGACGACCCGGAAAAGGAGCACAAAUCUCAUUCACCAUCCUGCCAAUUCAUCGCCCUGAAGAAGAAAGUAGAAGAGCUGACUGUGGAGGAAUUCUUAAAACUACAGAAGGAGAGGCAGAAGUUCAUCAUUAACAAAUCCUGUAACGAGAGCAUCAGCAAGUUUGAAGAGGCAGCAAAACUGAGAAGAGCCGAUAUAAUCAAGACAGCCAUGGGCGAAGAGUGACACUAUGUGCAGAUGAAUGAAGUGGGCGCUGUGUGAAAGAUGUAUUGUUGCUGGCUGACUGACUGGUUUCUCUCUCUGGACUUAUUUCCUUGUUUCCUUCAUGUCUUCUUUGUAACACUGUAUAUCUGUCAUCUUUACUGUUUCACUUUAUAUAUGUUUUUUAUUCAUUAAAGUACUAAGUCUGGUUA